AUGCCAGCCCAGCAGAAGAAGCUGAUCUUCUGCACCGCGGGGGUGCUGAGCCUCGCCUGUGCCCUGGGCACGGCGGCGGCCCUCGGCACCCAGCUCUGGGUGAGGGGCACGGUCCUCUGCACCACCGGAGCGCUGCUCGUCAACGCCACCGGCGCGGAGCUGCACAAGUUCAUCGGCGAGAUCCAGUACGGACUCUUCUCCGGGCAGCGUGUGCGGCAGUGCGGGCUCGGGGGGAGACCCUUUCAGUUCUCAUUUUUUCCAGAUUUGCUCAGAAUUAUCCCUGCAAGUAUCCAUGUUAGUGUCAUUCUCUUCUGUACAGUACUGAUCAUCUUUGCUCUGGUGGGAGCAGGGUUCUUCAUGUUCAAUGCCUUUGGCAGCCCCUACGAAACACUGCAUGGCCCUGUUGGGCUGUACCUCUGGAGCUUCAUUGCCUGUGAGUAUCAGCAGCCCUCAUGUCCCUCCUCCCUUUCAGGUUCCUGCGGUUGCCUCAUCAUGAUUCUCUUCUCCUCAGAGGUGAAGAUCCAUCACCUUUCAGAGAAGAUCGCUAAUUUCAAGGAGGGAACCUUUACAUUCAAGACUCACAGUGAACAGUUUGCAAAUUCCUUCUGGACCAUCCUGGUUUGCUCUCUGGUGCACUUCCUCAAUGCCCUGCUAAUCCGAUUUGCUGGGUUUGAAUUUCCCUUUUCAAAACCAAAAGAUUCAGGGAGGAUCACAGGAGCAGUUGACCUGAUGUAUUAGAAUUACAGGAUUUAACAAUAUUUAAAGGAAAGAGAUUUGUCACUACUACGUCAACAACCACCAGAUGUAUCAACUUGUAAACAAUUAGCUCUGAAGAAGGUAAAACAAAAGAGAAGAUUUCAAACAAGCAUCCAUAUGGUAUAUACAAUGAACAAAAGAAGAUGUGCUGAAUAGUAAUGUCUGGAUG